AUGUCUGAUCCCAGGAACCCCAACAUCAAUAUCAGAACCACCCCUCAGUGGUCGCUGUAUCAACGAGAAUCUUUUUGGAAUACAAACGAUGGAAAAUAUCCCAUCUUCAACACUGAUCCUGCUGAAAUUGAGAAACUGGCAAAGGAGAAACUCUCACAGGGCGGCUGGUAUUACUCUUCUUGCAAUGCUGGAAUUUCCUGGACCCAUCUUUCGAAUCGACAGGCUUUCUACCGACACCGAAUUGUCCCUCGUAUGCUCGUAGACACCAAUGUGAGAGACACCGCAACCGAGAUUUUCGGACACCAGGUGUCUGCGCCUAUUGGAUUCGCUCCUAUUGGUAUCAACCGUAUCUAUCAUCCCACCGGGGAGUUGUCCGUGGCCAAAGUAGCCCAAGAGCUCAAUCUGGCGUACUGCCUAUCUUCUGCUGGAAGUUACAGCAUCGAAGAUGUUGCUAAAGCAAAUGGAUCUGGUCCUCGGUUUUUCCAACUCUAUCAAAGCCCCGACGACGAGCUCUGCCUCUCCAUGCUCCAGCGCGCUUUUGACUCUGGGUUUGACGCUUGUAUGCUAACGACAGACACCUGGUCCCUCGGCUGGCGCCACAACGACGUAUUCACAGGAAACUAUGCCUUUUACCAUGAUCAUGGAGCAGGAGACCUUGGACUUCAAGAUCCUGUCUUCCAGAAACGUCUUAAGGAGGCAGGAAUCGACCCGGUGAAGAACCCAAAGGAGGCGGGUGCAAAAUGGAUUGAUGAGAAUAUCUGGCACGGCCGGGCGAUUACUUGGGAAAAGAUGAAGUGGACCAUGGAGCAGUGGAAGAGGAUCAGCGGAGGGCGGCCGUUCUGCUUGAAGGGCAUUCAGAACGUGGAAGAUGCCAAGAAAGCUGUUGAGCUAGGCGUUGACGGCAUCGUUGUUUCGAAUCACGCUGGCCGACAGGUCGACGGAGGCAUCUCCAGUCUUGAUGCCCUUGAGAAGAUUGUUGAUGCAGUCGGCGACAAGAUAUACAUCAUGUUCGAUUCCGGGGUUCGAAGUGCGGCCGAUGUCUUCAAGGCGCUCGCUAUAGGGGCAAAGUUUGUCUUCAUCGGUCGUCUUUGGGUAUGGGGCCUUGGAAUUGCCGGCGAGCAUGGUGUGCGACAUGUUUUGAAGAGCUUGCUGGCAGAGUUUGAUAUCUUGAUGGAAGUGGGUGGCUUUGCGAAAGUGCAAGAUAUUGAUCGCAGCUGCAUCGACUCGUUGCCUAACUCGUCAAACUUGAUUGCUGAGCACUCGGCAAUCUGA